CGCCAUGCGGUUCCCCGCGGCGUCGAGAACCGGCGGGGGCCUCGGCGUCGCCGCCAUGUCUUACGUCUUAAUAGACUACCUGCGUCACAUUUCGCCGGCGUGGCACGCGCGUUUGCAGCCGUUGCUGUGGACUGUACUGGCUCUGAUCGCCGUAACACGCGUGCCCUUUUACAAACACUGGACCGCCGAGUUCAAAGCUGCAAUUCCGUUUCUCGCUUCUAUGAUUUUCAUGCUCUCCGCUCUGCUCUUUGAGGCUUUGUCCGUACGUUUUGUCACCGCCGUGCUUGGCCUCGAUUGGCACAGUGAAACGUCUCCACUUCCUGACACUGGUCAGUGGUUGCUCUUGGCUUUAAAUGAGAAACUUCCUGGAACAGUCGUUAAGAUAUUGAGAGCUCGCAUCAUUGGGUUGCAUCAUUAUCUAAUGUUGUUUAUGAUGCUAGCUUUUUCCGUUUUAUUUGACUCUGUGAAAGCUCCUGGCCUUGGGCUAGGUGCAAGGUACAUGUUCACCAUGACAAUUGGUCGUCUCCUUCGGGCCAUAACAUUUGUGUCUACCAUUCUUCCAUCAGCUCGGCCUUGGUGUGCUUCAGCUCGGUUUCGAGUCCCUAACUAUCCUCAUCCCUGGGCACAGAAAUAUUAUGUCCCCUAUGCUGAAGAUGCUAAUUCUAUUAAUCAGAUAAUAAAACAGGAUAUAGCUUAUGCUGGCGUUGGAAGCUACCCUAGUGACUACCAACCAGAUUGGGGUUCAAUGAGCUUCCUAAUUGACUUCCUACGACCUACUGCUUCAGAAGGAUCUUCAUGGUACAGUCUGCUGACAAAGGCUGGAGGUGGCUGCAACGACCUUAUAUACAGUGGUCACAUGCUUGUCGCUGUACUGACCGCAAUGGCUUGGACGGAGGCUUAUGGAGGCUUCAGCUCAGCUCUCAUAUGGCUACUUGUAUUGCACAGUGCCCAGAGAGAAAUACGUGAACGCCACCAUUACACUGUCGACUGUAUUGUAGCCAUAUAUGUGGGCAUCCUGCUCUGGAAGAUGACUGGUUUUAUCUGGCCAACCAAGGACGCAGCCAAAGGUAAAAGACUUGACAAACUUGAGAAAAUCCAAGGCAGACUAUUCCAGGCAGCUAAGGACUCGGACAUGGACAAGAUCAACGAGUUUCUCAAAGAGGUUGAGUUGGGCAGUCCAGAGAGCCAGCUCAAAGGCCCUAGCAAAGGCAUGUGGUUGUUCGCUUGUGCAACGAUUUUCUCAGCUCUCGCUAUCGUUCUCCUUGCCUUCACAUGGACAAGCGAUGGAUGAUUUAAUUGUCGUCUUACACGGAUUCUGACUCUGGUUUUCGAGGUUAGACUUUACUGUAGUUCUAUGUAAUGCAAUGUUUUGUUGUUACAGAAAGUUUGAUGGGGUUCGUUUCAUUAGAGUAUUUGUCAGAAAUGGCCCCAGAAAUGAGUCAAUUAUGAGGCUUGACCACGUUUAUUUAUUGCAUACAAGAAUGACUAGUAGCAAAUUUUAUCUGACCA